AUGAAAGCUUCUAAGUUAAGUACAACACUCUUUACAGUUUCCAUAAUUGCAAUGAUGAUACUCGUGUUUGAUAUAACGUCGUAUCUAAGGGGUAAGAAUGGAUAUCUGAUUGGCAAAGGCCGAUCGCAUCUUGUUGGGAACAUCGAGAACAAAAACGAACUCGACAAAAAGUUGAACGAGAUUAGCAAUAGCAUCAUAAGUCUUUCAACCAGGCUUUCCCGUAUUGAAGAAUCAAUAUCCAAGAUGGAUAGGUCAUUUGAGAAAAAGGUUAUUUAUCCUCUAAGAAAUGAAAAAAGCUCUUCAAGUUUAAAGCAGAGCUAUGACAAUGAUGAGGUGGUGCCCGACUUCAGUCGUCGCCGAGAAUCACUAAGCAGGCUACGCAAAGGCAGGGAUGUUUCAGGCACCAAUGAAAGCCUGGACGGUGAUGAUAAUCUGUUUGACCAUGUCCAUCAUCGAAGAAAUUCAAGAAAGUGGCAUAAAAGCGACGAAAAUACCAUGAAUAUCCUCACUCCUAAAAGUAGCCUAAAUAAUGUCUUCCAUGAUGCAGAAAAUUCUAACUGGCAUAGAAAACCUCGCCACUCACAUGUACUUGGCCACAAUCACAGAUUUAAUAGCGACUACUUCCCAGAAUCGCCCAACAAAAGAGAUGCACUUGACAACAGUCUUAUCAAAUCGGAUGGUAGGGACUACAAUGGCUCCCACGGCAAAACCUACGAAAGCUCAAAGUAUAGUCUCAAAUAUUCAAAUCCACCAACAUUCCCUCGAAGAGCAUUGCUUAGAAAAGUUAGCAUUUCGGUUGAGCCUAAAAGGGACUUCUCUAGGUUUUCAAAAACUCCAUAUUUUAACGGAAUGGUCAAUCUCGACGAUUUGUUUUCAGGUAUUGGCAAGGACAGCGAUUCUGUGGUUGAAGUCAAGCGAUUUGAUAAUUUAGACUCGUUUAGAAAUUUUACGAAGAAUCAAUCAGAAAACACAGCCAACGAAGAAAAUGACAAUGCAGUUGAAACAAGCUUCUUCAAAAUGUCUGAUAUUAUUGGGAGAACCUCGCCAUCUGAAAGAGAUAAGAAGAAUUCGAGUUUAUCAAGUAAUGGCCUGAUUGAUUUUACAAAAAUGGUUGGCCAAAAAAGCAAUGCGUCUACUAUGAGCGCCGACAGUCAUGAAAUGCCAUCAAAAGAUAGUGCUAAUGCUGCUGACAAUAAUAUCUAUGGCUCAAGGAAUGGCUCUAACUCACUCAAUAACAGCUUCGGAUCCAGUGGCAAGUACAACCCAAAAGGUACUGCAAACUUGUCCGGCAUCAGUUACGACUCAAAGAGUACUGCUAGCACAUCUGGCACUGGUUCUGGCCCAAAAAGCAAUACAAAUUCGUUUAAAGAUAGCUAUAUCUUAAAAAAUGCUGCUGACGACGCGUUCUACAUCCCAAAGAGCAAUGCCAGCCUAUUUGAUAAUGUCAAACAAGAAGGCAAUACGGCUGACUUAUCCUCAAAGCCCAAUAACAAUACCAAAAUGAAUGAAAAUAGCAAUGCUCCAAGCAAAAUUUCGGGUACGCCAGCGAAUUUGCAGGAAACAAUCAGCCCCCCUAAAAACAACACCAAUGUUCGUGAUAACACAUCUAGUGCUGAUAUGCCUAGUGGCAACGAAAAGACAAUGAUGAGUAUAUUUAUCAAUGCCGAUGCUCCAAGGAGUGAGAUAAAAGAUUUCGAGACUAAGAGCAGCGGAAAUCCGGUAGCUACUGAGUUUUGUGAAAGCUUUAGUAAUCCAUACGAAGCUUUCAGGUCUGGAAAGUGUGUUUAUAGAAAUGUAACCGCCUCCAAUGCAGAUCCACUGAGCUUUGGGCUAGGUGAUGAAUUGUCACUAAAUCCUGAGGAUUUCAUAAACACAAUACACGCAACCAUUAAAAAUAUGGAGGAGAGUAUUAAACCAUACACUGGCGGUGAAGCAUUAGCCAAUAAAAAUAGCAAUUGGGCUGAAAAGAAGAUAUCUGGUGCCAGCAAUACCAAUGGACACUCUGGCACAAGUGCUGAAAACAUCACAGCGAGCUCCAAGGAGAGUGGAAAUGUUGUCGGCGGCAAAGAAAACAAAACCCUCAACCUUCCAUCAACGGACUCUAAAAAGCCACUAAUUGAUGACGAGAUUCAAAAGCCCACACUUAUACAGCCCUCAGUCUAA